UAUGUAAUACCGCAAGCAUUUUAAGCCUAUAUAUAUUCGCCCUCCGGACGUCUCUAAGCUAGGAUUUGCCAUUGCAAUGAGGGAUAACCGUUCGUUUUUAUUGGCUGGUUUGGUCACUUCGAUCCUGAUUGGUGCAUGGAUUAUAUAUCCACGAGAUGAUACACCAGAAAGAUUGGAAAUUGUUCUCGAUGAUGUACCUAUCCCAGAAUUCCUCAAAAACCAUUCUGAAGAGUUCAGCCAACCAGAGGUCAUCCAGGUCACAGAUGGUGUUUACGUAGCCAUAGGUUUUGCCUUAGCAAAUGUUGUAAUGGUAGAAGCUCCAAAAGGCAUAAUUAUCGUUGAUGUUACGGAAAGCGUCGAAGCUGCUGAAGAAGUCCGACGGGCAUUCCGGAACAUCACGACGAAGCCAGUGAAGGCAAUCAUUUAUACUCACAGCCAUGCAGAUCACGUGCUCGGUGCCAAGGUUUUCCUGGCGGAAAACGCCGAUGUCCCGGAGAUUUGGGCUCAUCACUCCAUUAUGGAUCAUUACGAUAGAAGUAUGCGGAUCGCUGCUGAGAUCACACUGAAGCGAGCCUCUCGUCAGUUUGGCAUGUACCUGGGUACAAACCUGGUGAAUGCAGGGAUAGGACCAAGGCUUAGGACAGGCAACGACUUUACCACCCGGUUUGUUCUGCCAAAUAAAUUCUUGUACAAAGAACGGGAAAAGAUUACCAUUGCAGGUUUGGAAGUAGAACUGAUGCAUAUACCCGGAGAAACAAGCGAUCAGAUCGGAGUGUGGAUCCCGAGUAAGAGGGUCUUGCUUUGCGCGGAUGAUCUGUACAAAGCUUUUCCUAACCUCUACGCUAUUAGAGGAACCCCGACCCGUGAUCUUCUCAAGUGGAAGGAUUCUCUGGACAAAAUGCGCCGUCUGGACCCAGAGGUCGUCGUUCCCAGUCACACACGUCCACUUGUCGGCAGGAAAUACAUAUAUGACUUGUUUACGAUCUACAGAGAUGCCAUUCAAUUUGUCCAUGACCAGACCGUCCGCUUUAUGAACAAAGGUCUCACCCCCGACGAGAUUGUGGAGAGGGUCACCUUGCCUGAUUGUUUCGGGAAGCACCCUCACCUUCAGCAGUUUUACGGCACCCUCGCCUGGUCGAUCAGGGGUACAUUUCACGGAUACCUUGGGUGGUUUUCCGGCGACGCCACUGACCUCUCACCUCUGACCCGACGAGGCAAAGCCCAGCGUCUUGUAUCAUUGGGUGGUGGAGUGGAGAAUGUUUUAGUCCAAGCUAGGAAGGCCCUUGACGACAGUGACUGGCAAUGGGCCUUAGAACUGGCAUCGUCGGUCAUUGCAUUGGCACCCUCCAACAGAAGAGCCAGAGAACUCAAGCUGGAAGCCCUCAAAAAAGCAGCGGCUGAACAAAUUAGCGCAUGUGCUAGAAACUACUAUUUGACGUCAGCUUUAGAAGAAGCCCGUCAAGUUCACGUCAAACCUAACAUGAAAAAGAUAAACGAAGUGAUACGUCAGUCAUCCCUUGAGCAACUGUUCCUGGCAAUGAGCCGAAGACUGAAAGCCGAGGACUGCUCCGAUCAAAACACACAAGCCUCGUUUACUUUCACAGAUACCAAUGUAUCUUUUUGUGUCCAUCUGAGACACGGCAUUGCGGAUGUCACCGGGACCGUCUGCCCGAAUCCUAAACUAAAGCUAGAAACAACAAAGUCAGUGUGGAUCCAGAUUUUGACCAGAGAGGUCAGCCAACUGGGUGCAUAUACCAGCGGACAAAUCAGCAUUGACGGCGGGGCAAGGGCAUUUAAACAAUUCAUUUCAUGCUUUGAACAAAUUGAGUAAUAUAUGCACACUCGGCAAAUCAUACAAACUACAUGUAUAUCCGGUGUUACCGUGCACAUUUAUAAAGGAUAAAGUGUCGACGUCCAGUUAUGUGGGGACAACAAUGGAGUUCACACUGAUCAUAUGCUACAUCAUAGUAGUUUUUUUUAUUUAAUAUUUCAAUUCACUCUUACUGAUCCUUGCAGUCCUUCAACUAUAGCUACUGGAUAUAAUACCUUGAACUGAGAACCAACGGGAACCCUGGGAGAACCCACGGCCAUCCGCAGGUUGCUGGAAGACCUCCCCACUUACGGCCGGGGAGGAAGCCAGCUUGAGCUGGAACAAGAAAUAUAUGAUUGGUUCAUUCGCAUCAUUGUAGUUAGUGACGUACCUUCAUGCCAUGACGUUGCGUACGUUGGAGAGGAUGUGUCAUCAUUGUGGCUCGUGCACACAAUGUCAUGACCACACCAAGGAGAGAAGAUGCGUUAUCACUGUAGGUAUAGUCAUGUACACUUCAUACCAUGACCAACCACAGAGAACAGAUGCCCCAUCAUUAAAACUAGUCACGUACACUCAAUACCAUGUAUCAGAGAAUGCGUCGUGAUUGUAGCGUCGUGAUCACGCACACUUCUUGCCUUGACCUCCCGCACGAGAGAAGAUGUGUCGUGAUUGUAGCGAAUCACGCACACUUCAUGCCUUGACAUCCAGCACGAGAGAAAAUGUGUCGUGAUUGUAGCUAGUAACGAGCACUCAGUGCCAUGACCUUCCGCACAAGAGCAGAUGCGUCAUCUUUGAAGCUAAUCACAUACAUACGCUAGUCGCAUACAUUUCAUGCAAUAAACUCACGCACAGGAGCGGAUGUGUCAUCAUUAAGGCUAGUCGUGCAAUGACCUUCCCCACAG